UUGGUGCCAUGUCUCUCCGGUUCUCUGGCGCAUCCAGGCACGUUGGCAUACAGUCCGGAUCCCUCAAGCCACCCGGCCCAGGCGCAGGUGCAGGUGCAGGCUUUGCUGGGAGCAGUGCAGGUGGCAGUUCGGUUACUGGCAGCGGAUUGUCUUGGGCCUUAGGAGGGACACUGGGCAGUGCUCCUGGAGGCAGCCAUGCCACCAGCACCCCAGGAAAUGCCACCACCAGUGUUGGCUUCGCUGGAAAUGAAGGAGGUCUCCUCUCUGGCAAUGAGAAGGUCACCAUGCAGAAUCUUAACAACCGUUUGGCCUCUUACCUGGAUAACGUGAAAGCGCUGGAAGAGGCAAACACUGAGCUAGAGAAAAAGAUCAAAGAUUGGCAUGAGAAAUACGGACCGGGAUCUUGCCGUGGACUUGACCGUGACUACAGCAGAUAUCAACUGACCAUCGAAGACCUUAAAAGCAAGAUUAUCUCCUCCACGGCUGCUAAUGCUAAUAUAAUUCUGCAAAUUGAUAAUGCCAGGCUGGCUGCUGAUGACUUCCGACUAAAGUAUGAAAAUGAGCUCACCCUUCACCAAAACGUGGAGGCAGACAUCAACGGACUGCGGCGCGUCCUUGACGAGCUGACGCUCUGCAGGACGGACCAAGAGCUGCAAUAUGAGUCCCUGAGUGAGGAGAUGACAUAUCUCAAAAAGAACCAUGAAGAGGAAAUGAAGGUUUUGCAGUGCGCAGCCGGAGGCAACGUGAACGUGGAGAUGAACGCAGCCCCCGGCGUGGACCUCACGGUCCUGCUGAACAACAUGCGAGCCGAAUACGAGGCUCUGGCUGAGCAGAACCGCAGGGACGCCGAGGCUUGGUUCCAGGAGAAGAGUGCCACGCUGCAGCAGCAGAUCUCUAAUGACUUGGGCGCAGCCGCCUCAGCCAGGACAGAGCUGACAGAGCUGAAGCGCAUGCUACAGACUCUGGAGAUUGAGCUACAGUCACUCUCAGCUACGAAACACUCUCUGGAGUGCUCCCUGGCGGAGACCGAGGGCAACUACUGCUCGCAGCUGGCUCAGAUCCAGGCUCAGAUCAGCGCCCUGGAGGAGCAGCUGCACCAGGUGAGGACGGAGACCGAGGGCCAGAAGCUGGAACAUGAGCAGCUGCUGGACAUCAAGGCGCACCUGGAGAAGGAGAUCGAGACCUACUGCCGCCUCAUAGACGGAGACGAAAAUUCCUGCUCCAGCUCAAAGGGCUUUGAAUCUGGAAGCUCAGGAAAUUCACCCAAAGAUGUAUCCAAAACCACACUGGUAAAGACAGUGGUUGAAGAAAUAGACCAGCGUGGUAAGGUGCUGUCGUCGAGGAUUCACUCCAUCGAGGAGAAGAUGUCGAAGAUGAGCAAUGGCAAGGCUGAGCAGAGGGUUCCCUUCUAGCUGCCCUGCGAGGGGGGAGG